AGAAGGGUUGACCAUUUGUGAGGCAAGUACCUGCCCCUGGGGUGCUCCAGCACCCCCACCUCACCGCUCAGGGGCAGAAGUGGGGCUGCCUGGCAUGCAGGUGCAGAAUGAGCCCAACCUCAGGGCUGGGGCACUGGGACCCAGGCUGAUGUCACAUGAGGUGUUGAUGCCUCAGCCCGGGCCCAAGACACUGAUAUACCUUCUAUCGUGGCCAACACUCCUGGGUCCUGGCUCACCUCCUCCUGGAAGUCCUCAGCAAUUCUGGAGGCCACAGAGGAAACGGGCCAGGGCAGACGGACAUCGCACCAGCUCUGGCUCCUGGCCUGGUGGCCCUGUGGGGUCACAGGGCAGCUUCCCAGAAAUGCUGGCUGGAGCUGGGGCGGGGGCAGGUCGGGCGCAGGACAAACAGACCAAAGGUGAGCAGGGCUGGAGUGCCGGAGGCGCCAUGCAGAGAACAGGACGACCCCAGGCAGGGGUGCAGGCGCGGGGUGUGGGGCAUGGAUCCCUGGACCCCUGCAGGGCCCUGGGCCUGCUCCUCCUCCUGGCCCUGCCCCAGACCUCCAUGGCAAUGGCUGGGCCUGGGUGGCCUGAGCCCGUGUUUGGGCGCCUGGCGUCGCCCGGCUUCCCGGGCGGGUACCCCAACAAUCAGGUACUGCGCUGGAACCUGACAGCACCUCCGGGCUACCGCCUGCGCCUCUACUUCACGCACUUCAACCUGGAGCUGUCCUACCUCUGCGAGUAUGACUUCGUCCAGCUGAGCUUUGGGAACAAGGUGCUGGCCACGCUGUGUGGGCAGGAGAGCACCGACACCGAGCGGGCACCGGGCACUGACCAGUUCCUGUCGCCCGGGUCCCACCUGGACGUGACCUUCCACUCCGACUACUCCAACGAGAAGCCCUUCUCGGGGUUCGAGGCCUUCUAUGCAGCUGAGGACAUCGACGAGUGCCAGGUGUCCCCAGAUGAGCCGCCUGUGUGUGACCAUCACUGUCACAACCACCUGGGCGGUUUCUACUGCUCCUGCCGGGCUGGAUACACCCUGCAUAGGAACCAACGCACCUGCUCAGCCCUGUGCUCGGGUCAGGUUUUCACCGACCGGUCAGGGGUGCUCAGUAGCCCUGAAUAUCCGCAGCCGUACCCCAAACUGUCCAGUUGCACCUACAGCAUCCGCCUGGAGGAGGGGUUCAGCAUUAUCCUGGACUUCGUGGAGACCUUCGAUGUGGAAGCGCACCCCGAAGUCCAGUGUCCCUAUGACUCCCUAAAGAUCCACACACACAGCAAAGAGUACGGCCCGUUUUGCGGGGGGACCCUGCCGCCUCAGAUCGACACUAAGAGCCACAUGGUGACCGUCAACUUCGUCACUGACGACUCGGGGACCCACAGAGGCUGGAAGAUUCGCUACAGAGGCACAGCUCAGCCCUGCCCUGAUCCGACAGCGCCACCGCAUGGCCGCAUCUCGCCGGUGCAAGCCCAGUACGUGCUGACAGACCGCAUCUCGGUCCUCUGCGAGCCUGGCUUUGAGCUCAUGAGGGGGUCCGUGGCGCUGGUGUCAUUUGCUGCCGUGUGUCAGAAGGAUGGAACCUGGGACCAGCCAAUGCCCGAGUGCAGGGAGGUGGACUGCGGCCCUCCUGAUGAGCUGCCCAAUGGCCACGUGGAGCAUAUCACCGGGCCGGACGUGACCACCUACAGAGCCGUGAUCCGCUACCGCUGUAACGAGACCUUCUACACGAUGGAAAGGGGUGACGGUGAGUACGUGUGUGAGGGGGAUGGAUUCUGGACCAGUUCCGGAGGAGAGAGAUCGCUGCCCUUCUGUGAGCCUGUGUGUGGGGUGUCAUCUCGCACCAUCGAAGGCCGCAUUUAUGGAGGGCAAAAGGCCAAGCCCGGAGACUUUCCUUGGCAAGUCCUGCUGAUGGGCGCAGGGACGGCGGCGGGUGCGCUGCUGUCAGACGGCUGGAUCCUGACGGCGGCCCAUGCCGUGUACGAGCACAGGGAGGCGGCUUCGGAGCUGGACAUCAGGAUGGGCCUCCUGCGGCGGCUGUCACCGGACUACACACAGGCCUGGGCCGAGGCCAUCUUCAUCCACGAAGGUUACAGGCACGGCGCUGGCUUCGACCAUGACAUCGCGCUCAUCAAGCUGAAGGACAGAGUGCCCAUCAACAGCCACAUCCGGCCCAUCUGCCUGCCGGGCCCCACGGCAGGUUCCUUCAUGCAGACCAACGACCUGGGCACGGCAUCUGGAUGGGGGCUGACCCAAAAGGGGUUCCCCGCUCGAACUCUGAUGUUCGUGGACGUGCCCGUGGCCGACCACCAGACAUGUGCCCGUGCCUACGAAAGGAAGGCCAUCCCCGAGGCCCGGGUGACUGAGAACAUGGUCUGCGCGGGGCUGGAAGGUGGCGGCAAGGACAGCUGCAAGGGCGACAGCGGUGGGGCGCUGGUGUUUCUUGACCCCGAGACACAGAGGUGGUUUGUGGGCGGAAUCGUUUCCUGGGGGGCCAGAAACUGUGGGGAGGCAGAGCAGUACGGGGUCUAUACCAAAGUCCUCAACUACAUCUCCUGGAUCCACAACAUCAUGAGUAACUUUUAA